UUCACCGAACUUUAGGUUCUGCGGACCUCUGUGGUUUCUCGGGGCCGUGUCUUAUUCACCCCCCCUCCCCAAGUCAGGCCCACCUUCGUCCACGACCUGGCCUCCCACCCCAACCCGAGGCCUGCCUCCUUGACCACCCGCAAGGGGGAGGGGAAGGGCUAAACGCCCCUCCCCCUUCCUCGAGACGCGGCUGCCUUGGUCUCCUAAUAAUUGCACAUACUCUCUUCGUGGGCAUUUCGCCUCCAUCCGAUUCCCGACCAUCCUUUUCUCACAUCAGCAUCCUUCCUAACCCCUUCCCUUCCCCCCAUUUAUCUCUGAGGGCCGCCUUUUAGUUUUCCCAAUCUGGGCACUCCACCUAAGGCAUCUGUGUUUCCAGUUUUCCAGACUGCCAUUUUACCCAUACAUCUACCUACUCUAUCCACCACUGGGGGCUGGUUUUCUUUUUUACUACAAUUGCAGAGCUCUACUCUGGAGGGUGUGGCUUUUUGCACUCUUUUCUUUCCCACUUAAGUACUUAGGCUUACCCUUAUCCUGGUUUUCUCAGUCUUGUGGCUGGGUCCUGGGUUCUUUUCCUUUCAACCUCAUAUUCUGAAGUUUAGAGCUUUCAAGUCUAAUAAACCUAUUUUCUAUCAGCCUUUCUGGUGCUCAGCCUGACUAGAGGUGUGAAUUUAGUUUCACAUACCAAUUUGGCUUAUGUAGUUUGGAGAGUGUUCCCUAACUAAAACUCAUACAACUUGAAGUACAACUUAAUUAGCUUUCUUAAAGUGUACUUAAGGUGUCCAACUUUAUCACUUUAUUGGAUCUUAAUGUUCUCUUAUUUUCUUUCACAAACUCCUUGGGGUUCAGCUCAGCCCUACUUUCCAUACUUUCCCCCUGGUUUAAUUCUGUCUCUCAACCUAAUUAGUUGCUUAGCUAUCUUCUCAAGUUACACAACUCUGAUCCCUCCUUGACAUAUACUGAAUUCAGUUUUUCUCUUGGGUGUGUUACUGCUUCCUCCUACUUAUCCUUAGUCUAGUCACUUUAUUACCCUGGUAACAGCAUGACCUAAUUGUAGCCUUCACCUCAGCACUAUCAUUCAUAUGUUAUUAUUUUCCUUUUCUACCCAGAUUAUAGGUAUUCUGAUUAUAUUCAAGAUUCAUAUCAUUUUUCCCCACCUGAGGAUGCUAACAAACCUUUACUAUGUUAAAAGAAUAUCUAAAUAAAGGUCUCCCAGUUUUUUAGGGCAGAGAGGAGGCACUCUCGACUUCCUUUAACUCUCUUGGUACUUCUUUUCCUAAAUAAUGCCUACCAUUUCUUUUCUCUUUUCCCUUAUAUUUACUAUUUUUCUCAGGUUAUACUUGAUAUUCAUUUUUCCCUAAGAAUGCUAACUAAAUGAAUUUUUUUUAAUUUGAUGGAAUGGAGGUUAUACAGCUUUUUACCACUCAUUUUCUCCUAUUGAUACUUCCUUUAAUUCAUUAAGCAUUUAUCAAAUAAUUACUCUAUGCUAAAGAUACAGAAAGAAAAAGGAAAUGUUGAGCUCAUAUUUGGGGGGAUAACAAGUAUAUAGACAUAGUAAUUUUCCUGGAGGUCUGACACCUGAGGCUAAGGAGGAAGAAUCAGGAUGGGCUUCCUGUAUGAUGUGACCUCUGAACUUAAUUUUGGAGUGGAAUCGAAACAAGAGGAGCAUGGAAGGCAAAGGCAUGAAGACAGGCGAUGGAAGGUCAUGUUGUUGAAUCUAUUUUCUAUUUUGUACAUACAUUGUUUUGUAUAUACUGUAUAUGAUGACUUCAGUGGGCAGUGAACGUACCCGGGGCACUCGAGAUAAAACUCAGAUUUCAACUACACAGGUGACACAACCACAGAAACAAGUAGUACAGGCAACAGCUGAACAGAUUCGCCUCGCUCAAAUGAUCUAUGAUAAGAAUGAUGCAGACUUUGAAGACAAAGUUAAACAGCUUAUGGAAGUAACAGGGAAAAACCAAGAUGAGUCCAUAGUGGCCCUGCAUGAUUGCAAUGGCGAUGUGAACAGAGCCAUCAACAUAUUACUGGAAGGGAAUUCAGAUACGACUUCAUGGGAGACUGUAGGUGGUAAAAAGAAGAGUAUUGGAAAAGAGAGUUCAGAAAAUAAAGAAAAUAGAGAAAAGAGAAAUGAUAAAGAAGCAAGUCGUGUACGCGGCAGCAAUAAUCGGCGGGGAAGAGGUGGCAGUCGUGGCAGAGAUUUUAGAAGUGAAGAGAAUGGAGUUGACUGCAAUCCAGGGGACAGGCCUUCAGAUCGUGGCAAGCGUGGUCGUGUUAGAGGUUUUGGUCGUGGCAGAGGGAGAGGGGCAGGGCGUUUCUCAUCCCAAGGUAUGGGGACCUUCAACCCUGCAGACUACACUGAUUCUUCAGCCACUGAUGGCUUUGGGACAAAACCAGAAGUUUGGGAAGUUGGCCCAAAUGAUACAGAUGAUGGACCUGGGGCAUGGAAGAACUCUAUGGAAGAGUGGACAACAGAAGACUGGAAUGAAGAUCUUUCUGAAACGAAGGUAUUCACUGCUUCUUCUGUUCCAGCUGAAAAUCAUGUCACACCUGGACAAAGCAUUGAUUUGGUAGCCUUGCUGCAGAAGCCUUCUACUUCUACCCAAGUCCCAGAAGUCAACUCAUUUGAACCUCCUCAACAGCAGGGGUUUGGCCAAGCCCUGGUCUUUACAAAUUCUCAACACAACAACACUCAGAUGGCAUCAGGAACUAGCAACCCGAGUACUGUCAACUCUUAUUCUCCCCAGAGUCUGUCUUCAGUUCUUGGUUCUGGAUUUGGAGAGCUUGGGUCCUCAAAGAUGGCAAACCCCACCAGUUCCCAGAUCUUGGACCAGUUGAAAUCUCCAAGUUUGGGGCAGUUCAGCACUCAGAGUUCUCAACAAAACAGCACUAGUCCUCCUACAACUACUUCAACUUGGGAUCUUAAACCCCCAGUUCCCCAGUCCUCUAUAAUGAAUCAGUUUGAUUUCUUUUCUGGAUAUUUGGUAGACUUCAAAUCUCAGCCUGAGCCAUCCCCAGUUCUAAGCCAGUUGAGCCAGCGACAGCAGCACCAGACCCAGCCACCCAUCCCUGUUCCUCCUCCUGGGAUGGAGAACUUUUCCUCCCAGGUAAAACUCCGAGAAAACUCCAGAGACAAUACCACAGCUGUGAACAAAAUGCUGCAGCUUCCCAGCAUGUCUGCAGAAAACCAAGCAGUGUCUGCCCACCAAACUCAGCCAAAACAGAUCAAACCCCCGAAACGGAGAGUACCACCAUCUUCCAAGGUCCCUGCAUCUGCAGUGGAAAUGCCAGGAUCAACAGAUGUUACAGGGUUAAAUGUUCAGUUUGGAGCUCUGGAAUUUGGAUCGGAACCUUCUCUCCCUGACUUUGGAUCAACAUUGAGCAAUGAAAAUAGUAAUCAGGCCCAAAUCAGCUUGUAUCCAAAACCUGUAAGUGAUCCUUUGAAUACCUCUUUGCCAAUAUCCAAUACAGUACAGGAGUCGACCUAUACAACCUCCGUCAUCACCUCUUCCAGUUUGACCAACUCAUCUCAGAGCACUAGUCCCGUAACAACAUCUUCCUCCUACGACCAGAAUUCUGUGCAUAGCAGGAUAGCAUACCAAAGUUCUGUGGCUCCAUCUGAAACAACUUCUAUUGCUGUCACAAAUGGACAUGGUGGUGUUCGAACUCAGCAAACUCUAGACACUACUUCAUCUGUUACAGCACCGAAGACAACAGAAACCUCUCCCUCGCUCCCGACUCUGGGUUCUUUGCCAAGCACAGCUUCUGGUACUACGCUUCUGCCUUCAGCAACCCCCCACACGGCCACACUGCCUUCCUUGUCGCAAUCCAGUGACUUGUCCAGCAGCUCCCUCGCUCAGCUAAGCAGUUCACUGUCCAGUCAUCAGAACAACCUUUCCUCUGCAUCAUCAGCACUGUCAUCAAGUACAUCACAUACACACGCCAGUGCUGAGAAUGCAACAUCGCUUCAGCCCUCCACCACCUUCUCAGCUGCUUCAGCCUCUGCCACCAGCACCACCUCUUCAGUUGUCAGCAUGGCCAACAGCAUGAACACUACAAACAGCCUUGGUCUCAGCGUCACCAGCGUGUCUAUGCCGAGUGCAACCACCAGGGCAGCUCCUUUAGUUUCUUCAGGCAAAGCUCCUCCCAACCUACCCCAAGGUGUCCCACCCCUUCUCCAUAACCAGUACAUUGUGGGUCCUGGAGGACUCCUGCCUGCCUACCCACAGAUUUAUGGUUAUGAUGAUCUCCAGAUGCUUCAAUCCAGGCUACCAAUGGCACCUCCUCUACUGAUGACUCCUUUUCAGGAUUAUUAUGGAAUUACAUUCCCUGCUCCAGCGACCCUCACCGGCAGAGAUGGGACCCUUGCUAAUAACCCAUACUCAGGUGAUGUAUCUAAGUUUGGCCGUGGAGAUUCUGCGUCCCCUGCUCCCACCACCACUCUGGCUCAGCCACAGCAGAACCAAUCUCAGACCCACCACACAGCUCAACAACCCUUUCUCAACCCCACGCUGCCUCCUGGCUACAGCUACACUGGCCUCCCCUACUACGCCGGUGUACCCAGCGCCUUCCAGUACGGGCCAACCAUGUUUGUCCCUCCUGCUUCAGCUAAACAGCAUGGAGUGAAUCUGAACACCGCCACCGCCCCCUUUCAGCAGGCCAGUGGUUAUGGCCAGCACAGCUAUGGAGCAGGUUAUGAUGAUUUGACCCAAGGGACAGCUGCUGGAGAUUACAGCAAAGGAGCCUACAGUGGUUCAUCACCAGCACAAAACAAAUCUGCUGGUUCUGGACCUGGAAAAGGGGUGUCAGUGACCUCAAGUAAUACAGGUGUGCCUGACAUAGCUGGUUCUGUGUACAACAAGACUCAGACAUUUGACAAACAGGGAUUCCACGCGGGCACCCCACCACCAUUCAGCCUGCCCUCAGCCCUGGGCUCCACAGGCCCACUGACCCCCGGUGCCGCCCCUGGUUAUGCUCCGGCCCCGUUCCUGCAUAUCCUGCCUGCCCACCAGCAGCCCCAUUCCCAGAUGCUACAUCACCACCUCCAGCAGGACGGGCAGGGUGGCUCUGGCCAGCGUAGCCAACCCAGCACCCUGCAGCCAAAGUCUCAGGCCACCAAACCCACCUAUGGCAGUUCUCCAUACUGGACAAACUGAGCCCCCUGCUGGGGGGAGGGGGAAGACACUGGACCUGAGAGGAAAACCAACACACAGAGACCCAUUCUUGGAGACCGACAUCAUUUUAUUAGAAGAAUCCUUAUGGAGAAACAGUAACUGUCUCAGCCGAGAGUCCGUCUGGGGGAAGCAUCUUUCUGCCUGCCCCUGAUUCACUGUUGUAUGUAAUAUAUUUAUGUAUGUAUUUGUAAAUGUCAUAGAAACUGACAUCCUUGUGGUGGCUGCAGCCGCAGCUCUGUGCUCUCCCUUGGGAAAGAGGAUCCUCCCCUUCCCCCUUACCUCUCUUUUGACCUCUCCCCCCCCCAACUCUCUGGGCUUCCACUCUGUCCCAUUUGCUCUGAUAGGCAUGGGAAGGGAGUGGGAUGAAGGGGGGAAGGGAAGGGGCCCUCCGCCAAGGUAUUUCAGGUUUGAAAGGGCCUGGUACACAUGAAGAAUCAAGGUGUUGUGUUAUGUUGUUUUCUCCUCUCUCCUCCUUUACAUGCCAUUGAAUUUUCACUCCUUAUGUUGGUUUUGCUGUUUUUGUUUUUUUGUUGUUUUUUAACCACCGUUCUGUCAUUCGUCGCAUCCCAUCUCUCCCCCCAGCCUGUUGGUGUUCACUCUGGCCGGAUGACAGCAGAAGUGUCCUAUCCCCUCCCUAAGGUGAAAUCCGACAUGGGCCGUGUGUCUGUGUAGGGGACCCCCCCACUCUCCAAGAACUCUUCCCUCUCCCACCCCCCCACCUCCAACCAUCCAGGCCUCAGGGCCUGUGUAAUUUCUGAAACUGUCUCUGUCCCCACUCCUAUACCUGGCCGGUGCCCACAAAGUAGGGCCAAGUACUCCCCCCAUCCUCUCUUUCAAAAGAAAAGUCCCCUCCAACACAAAUGGAACACAGGCUUUGUUCCUACUGUCCUGCACCAAUUGGGUGACUGUUUCAGAAGUUUCAUUUCUUUUUAGCCCAAACUCCACAUAAUAAAGUUCUGAAAAUACA